GGCUCACUCACACGGUCCGUGGUUAAGAUGCGUUUUCGUUGAACGCACCGUCCGCAGGUGAACGCAGCAGCCUAUCACGUGCUUCUUAUGUUACAAGCUUGCCACAUUUACGGCCUGUAUUUUAUAUACUUAUUCCUUAUCAUUCCACGUUGUAAGGGAUCACAUUUUCACCACGGUUCCUGACGCUCUCGCUCAACUCUUUUCAUUCGUUAUGGCAACGCGCGUGCGACCGAGCAGUAAGCGGUGCGCGGUCAUCGGGGGGUCCGGCUUCCUGGGGAGACACCUGGUGGAGAAGCUGGUGGACCGAGGCUACACCGUGUCUGUGUUCGACAUCCGUCAGAGCUACGAGCUCCCCGGGGUCACCUUCCACCAGGGAGACCUGUGCGACAAACAGGCUCUGCUGCCCGCUAUGAAGGACGUGUCCCUGGUCUUCCACUGCGCCUCGCCGGCCCCCGCCAGCGACGACCGCAGGCUGUUUGAGAGGGUCAACAUCGAGGGCACGCGCACCGUCAUCCAGGCCUGCAACGAGGCUGGAGUGCAGAAACUGGUCCUGACGAGCAGUGCCAGCGUGGUGUUCGAAGGGACCGAUGUGAAGAACGGGGGGGAGGAUCUGCCGUACGCCAAGAAGCCCAUCGACUAUUACACACAGACCAAGAUUCAGCAAGAAAAGCUGGUCCUGGAGGCUUUUGACGAGGGGAAGGGUCUCCUCACCGUUGCCAUCCGGCCUCAUGGCAUCUUUGGCCCUCGGGACCCACAGCUGGUUCCCAUUCUAGUGGACAGUGCUCGCAAGGGCAAGAUGAGGUUCAUCAUUGGUGACGGAACCAAUGUGGUGGACUUCACCUUCGUGGAGAAUGUAGUUCAUGGCCACAUCCUGGCUGCUGAACGCCUGAGGCCGGACUCCCCCAUAUGUGGAAAGCCGUACCACAUCACCAACGACGAGCCGGUCAGGUUCUGGGACUUCAUGUCCGAGGUGCUGGUGGGUCUGGGCUACGCCGCUCCCCGCUACCACCUCCCUUACGCUGUGGUGUACGGCUUGGCUCUGCUCCUCUGGCUGCUGGCUCUGAUCCUGCGCCCCCUGGUGUCCUUUAAACCCACCUUCACGCCCAUGAGAGUGGCUCUGGCUGGAACCCACCACUACUACAGCUGCGAACGGGCCAAGCGGGACCUGGGCUACAAGCCGCUGGUCAGUCUGAAGGAGGGCAUAGCGCGCACGGUGCAGAGCUACCCUCACCUCAGGCGAGGAGCCUGAGGGUAGACGGCUCAACAGUUACUCUCACUCAAGAAGUGAGGGGAACCAGAAGGGACGAUUCAACAUGAGGCAACAGAAAGUUUCUCUUUAUCCCAAGCUCCCGGUGUGAAACGCAUUAGUGCCUUCUCAGCCUUUUAUGUACAUUUCCACCAGCAGAUGGCAGCAAGUCUUCACGAUUUUGGUCAUCGCCCUGUCAGUCUGGCUUAUUUCACGUUUUAAAGCACUUGGUGAACAGUUAAAUAACUCGUAUUUACCGAUCUUACACUGUGAGAAAUAUCCUUGUAUUUUUUCAUCUUGUACUGUACACACACUGCAAUGCUGUUCUGUCAAAAUGCCUUAAUACAUUCCACUAAACCACGAUUCUCCUGGAACAA